UUAGCCUGGCAGCACUCGACAUGGACAAUUCUCCCGUUUUGGCAGAUGGCAAUAGUUGGACAUCUCUGUUGUUAGCUGUCAACUGGUAAUAUGAAAAAAAAAAAUGAACAAAUUUCUGCAGCUCAAUAAAAACAUGAAUGUGUCCUCUGCUGCGCAGGAGCCGGACUGCAAUAACGCCGUGCUAUUGGGCAUUGCGACCGCUCCAGGCAAGAAGAAGAAGAAGAAGAAGAAUAAAAAGUGCCGCAAUGCUAUGCCGGAAUUCGUGACCAAUAGGAAGCCACGCUAUUUACCAAAUCUAAAGGAGCUCGUCUUCAACAGGGGCUACAUCGACGUGGACGCGAUUGUGAUGAGCACGCUGUCGCCGCUGGAGCAUCGCCAUGAUCCGGAGGCUGCAGCUCAGUUGCAGGAUGUGCACUGCAGGGUGUUCGAUUUGCCGCGUAAUCUGUUUCCACGGCACUCGCCGCUUAAUAAGAUCACGUAUUUGCCGCCGCAAUUGCUGCCCGGCGAAUUUGAGGCCGGCGGCGUCUUUCCGCCGGGUGUCCUGGCCCACAAAUACUAUCCGAACGGAUUGCUGCAGCAGCAUCAUCGCGGCCCGACACCGCCGCUCUUUGUGGGCCGUCGUCGCGUCGAGCGGCACAAUCUGCACAGGAGUCUGCCGUACACCUGUGCCGCCUACGUCGGCAUGCCGUUGUCCCAGAUACCGGUGCCGGUGCCGGUGUCGGUGUCGGUGCCGGUGUCGGUGCCGGUGCCGGUGCCCAACAACGGUGCCCCCAGCAACAACAGCAACAACAACAAAAAGAACAACUACAACAACAACAAUGCCCAGCUGCAUCCCGAUCUCAGUGUUGGGUACAUUAUCGCGCAUGCCGAUUCGCUGGCCAAGGUGGAUCGCUUUGCCCAUCAGCAGACCCAAUAUCGCAUAUAUGUGCCCGAUCUGAGCACAGUUCCGAUGAUGGUGCACUUCAAGACCAAGCUCUGCAUGACCGUCCUCUCCGAUGUGGUGCAUCCGCAUGAGUCUGAUGUGGCGUUUGCCGUUAUGCGCGAGAGUCCGACCAAAUUUCAGCUGCCCCAGGAGUAUUUCUCCAUGGAGGCCGGCUCGAUUAAACGUGCACCGGUAUUUUUGCCGCAUCGCUACCUGCCGCCCGGCUUCGAGGCGGGCUGUGUCUUUGGGCCCGGCACCUUGCCGGAGAGUCUGUUUGAAGGCCUGCUGAGGGAUGCGCCGCCCCAGAUGCAGCGCAAUGUGGCCAUUAUGCCACCAGUAUUCAUUGGCAUGUGGAAGGAGCAGGUGACGCCAUCGGUAUUCAUCUUUCCGCAGCAGAGCUUUAUGGUGAACAUGGCACCAGCUUCACCAACACCAAUCCAGGUGCCGCCGGCUCAGCUGUCUGUGCUCGACGAGCUUAAGAUGGCGCGCAAGGAGCUGAAGCCGUUGCCCAAGCUCUUUGAGCUAGAGCAGAAGCUCAAUUUUCCUGACAGCCAAAUGCAAAAGCGGCAAAACGAUGAAAGGCAGACAGACGAGCAGGAGGAUGAUGAGGAGGACGAUCUGGACGAGGAACUUGAGGAGGAACAGGAGGAGGAGGAGGACGAAGAGGAAGAGGAGGAGGAGGAGGAGACUGAGGACAUCGGGGAGGAAGAGUUUGAAUUUGAGGAAGAAUAUUUAGAAGAGUCCUUGGAAGAAUUAGACGAGGAUGAGCUGACACAGCAUAAUGAGCCAUCCGACGACAACGAAGACGACCGUUCGACAACGCCCUUCUACAACGACGGGGACGACGGGGAGGACGAUCGCGAUACAACGCCAUUCGAUGGCUGCGCCAAGGAGGCCGGCGGCGCCAAGGCAUUGGAAAAACCGGCAGAGCCAAUGAAAGCCCGUAGCAAUAUGGGUCUGUGGUUCUUCACACUGAGCGGCCAGCCCGAGGACAUUGUCGGUAUGCUCAAGAAACUGGAAAACGCCGGCAUCAAGCUGGCCUCCAACUAUGUUGACCAGCAUGUCAUACGCCGUGCCCAGGUGCAAUGGCUCGAUCUGAUGCUGCGCCGCGACGAGAUACGCGCCCAAAUGGCAUCGACGGGCAUGCUGCGCGCCCGUAAACCGAAUCCAAGUCCGGUGCCAAGCACAACGAAUCCGAACCAGGAACGAUCCGCAGAGCGCAAGAGGCGCGGCAAGAAGUGCGCCGAAUGCGGCUUGCAAUGUAAUUAGUAUGAGAAAGCGAACGCAGAAAUUCAAGUUCGAUUAAUUUCAAGAAUCGCGCUCUAUCGCACAACUAUCGAUACAUAUCGAAAUACACCUUUAUGCACAUACAUGUCGCGCGAUCGUACCUUGCCAAAAAUAAAUCACAUAUAUAUAUAUAUAUUA